AUGACUAUGUACCGCAGGGCCAUUGGAGGAGACAGCUUCUAUGACGGAGAUCACUUCCACAUCCUACAAAUACUCGGAGUCUUGGUUGUGACAGUCGUGAUCCUGUAUAUCCUCCGGUGUGACAUCGGGCCUAAAGCAAUUCCUACGGUGGACGCGCGAUUGUCCCCUGAUGGGUACCCGAAUUUGAUUGAAAAGGCAAAAGAAUACAGAAUCUUCACUUUGAAUACCUAUGCUGGACCAAUCAUUAUUCUGCCCCCAGAGUAUAUUGAUGAAAUCCGCAAUGACAGGCGCCUGAGCCUUGCUGCAUGGAAUAAUCACGAAUUCAGUACUCGUUACGCAGGCUUCGAAGUCUUUCGCCCCGGUACUACAGGAGAUGGGAUUCUUCAGGAUGCGAUCAAGUCCGGCCUCUCACGAAUUAUAGGAUGGCACAAGGUCACCUUAAAGUCCUCCAUUGAUUUCAUAAUCCAACGCGUGGUGGCGUCUGUCGUCUGCGGGCCGGAGCUUAGCUCGCGGGCAGAAUGGUUAGAAACAGUCACUACAUGCCUGGAGGCCGGGGGAAUUGCCGUGAAUGAGUUGCGAAAGUGGCCCCCUGCGCUGAGGCCUCUGGUGCAUUGGUUUCUCCCAUCUUGUCGGCGACUACGCGCUCAAGCCCGACAAGUUCGGAGAAUCACCGAACCAAUCAUUGCAGAAAGGAGGGCGAGACAUUUGAAACCUGACUCCAGCCCUCAAUUGCAAUACAAUGAUGGCCUUGAAUGGAUGGAACGUAGUGCUAUGGGAAGACCUUAUGAUGCCACUAUGAGCCUUCUGGUACUGUUUCUACUCGGGACUGAAACCAUGGCGGACCUUCUGACCCAGAUGCUCUCCGACCUGAGUGAACGAGCCGAGGUGGUGGAGGCGAUGCGUCUGGAGGUACUGACAGUACUGCCCCGUCAGAAUGGCUGGCGGACCCAAGACCUUCACCGACUCCGACUCAUGGAUAGUGUCUUGAAAGAAUCACAACGAUUGAAGCCAUUCGAGUUCGUGCUGCUGCGACGAAUUGCCUUGGACACUGUGAGACUCUCGGAUGGCACUCGAAUCCCAAAGGGCUCCGGUGUGGGGGUUUUCACUGGCUUUAUGUGUGAUCCUACUAUCUAUCUGAACCCGACGCAAUUCGAUGCGUUUCGCUUCCUAAAUUUGCGGAACACUCCAGGUUACGCUCAUAGCAGUCAAUUCGUCUCGCCAAGUGCCUCCCAUCUUGGCUUCGGCUAUGGUUCCCAAUCCUGUCCCGGGCGAUUUUUUGCCGUCGCUCUUGUGAAGAUCUUACUUGUUCACAUCGUGAUGGAAUAUGAUAUUAAGCCGUCUGGCUCGGAAGGAAUUAAGCUCGUCAAAGAUGGCUUCAGAGUAAAUACGGACCCUGAAGCUACGCUUUUGGUUCGCCGGCGACAGGAUGUUGCGGUCCCCUGA